AUGGCGGAGCCAGCACAGAAGAAGGCUCGCACUGCGCGCACUUUCCUUUUCUCUUCCGAGUCGGUGAACGAAGGCCACCCGGACAAGAUCUGCGAUCAAGUCUCGGAUGCUGUACUAGAUGCGUGCCUCAACGUGGACCCCAAGAGCAAGGUGGCCUGCGAGACUGCGACCAAAGACAACAUGGUCAUGGUGGCUGGAGAGAUCACCACCGGAGCCAAGCUCGACUACGACAAGGUGGUGCGUGGCGUCGUGCAGCAAAUCGGUUUUGACAGCUUCGUGGACGACCUGUCCAGUGUGGACAGCAAGGGCUUGAGCUACAAGACCUGCGAGGUCCUGGUGCGCAUCAACAAGCAGAGCCCGGACAUUGCCGGUGGAGUGCAUGUGGGCAAGGACGAGAUGGACGUUGGCGCCGGAGACCAGGGCAUCAUGUUCGGGUACGCUAGCGACGAGACCUCGGAUUGCAUGCCUCUGACGCACAGCAUGGCCACUCGUCUUGGCAAGACCCUGACCGAUGUGCGCAAGAGCGGCGAGUGCUGGUGGCUGCGACCUGAUGGCAAGACGCAGGUAACGAUCGAAUACAUGCAGCACCCGGAUGGGUCUGUUGAGCCGAAGAAGAUCCACACCGUGGUGAUCUCUACUCAGCAUGCGGAGCCAUCCAAAGCUAAGCGAACCCAGGAGUGUGCUGGCUACACCGGUGCCGAGAUGGUUGCACCCACCAUGGAGCAGAUGAAUAAAGAGAUCGAAGAGAAGGUCAUCAAGCGAACGCUUGAGUCGAUCAAGUUGAAAAAUGGCAAGCCCGCCAUCAGCCUUUACGGCAGCCACACGCACCUGCACAUAAAUCCUUCAGGGAAGUUCAUCAUUGGUGGUCCUCAAGGCGAUGCAGGCCUCACAGGCCGGAAGAUCAUCAUUGACACCUACGGAGGAUGGGGAGCCCACGGCGGCGGCGCUUUCUCUGGCAAGGACCCGACCAAGGUGGACCGAUCUGCUGCCUACAUCUGCCGUCAGAUGGCCAAGUCCGUGGUCAACAGCGGCUUGAGCGCGCGCUGCCUGGUGCAGCUGUCGUAUGCCAUCGGCGUGGCCAAGCCUCUGUCCCUGUUUGUGGAGACUUAUGGCAGCGAGAAGGGCAGCCUAACCGUGGAUGAUAUCACCAGUGUGCUUAAGAUCGAGUUUGAUUGCCGACCUGGAGCCAUUGCACAGUCCCUGGCUUUGCGUGAGCCGAAGUACCAGGACACUGCCGCCUACUGCCACUUUGGCCGCGAGCCCGUCACCAAGGGUGGCAUCAAGUUCUUUGAAUGGGAGAACCCGAAGGAUUUGUCGAAGUACAAGACCAUGAGCACGGCUCAGGUAGAGGCCGCGUUGAAGGCCAGCACCUACUUGACAAAGUGGGUGGAUUAG